UGCUCAAGUGACGGCCGUCGUCAUGGCGCGGGAGUGCCCUCGAAGCACGGGCAGGCUUUGUUUGGUAGGGUCACGAGCUUCCCCAUCGAAGUGCGGCCCCUCUUCAAGGAGUCGGGCGUUGCGACAUGGGGCUCUGCCAGUGCCAGGAAGCCUGCUGUGGCGAGCACAAGCUGGGCGAUGUGGGCCCCAAGGUGAUCCCUCUCACGCAAAGCCUUGAGGGGCGACAGACCCGGGAGGAGACCUUGUCCAACGGCGCAGUCUACGUCGGCCAAUGGAAGGGCCAAGCCCGCGAUGGCUUCGGCAAACAGACCUGGCCGGACGGCGCGUCCUACGAGGGCAGCUUCCAGGAGAACAAGGCUGCUGGCUAUGGCAAAUUCAUCCAUGCAGAUGGCGACAUCUAUGAGGGUGAAUGGCAGAACGACAAGGCCCAUGGCCACGGAAGGUAUCAACACAUGGACGGCUCCACUUACGAAGGGGAGUGGAUCGCUGACAAGCAGACGGGCGAAGGCGUCGAGAGCUGGGUGGACGGCUCCUCCUACAGCGGUCAGUACCAGGAUGGGCUCAAGCACGGCAAGGGCACCUUCAUCUGGGUUGAUGGCUCUAAGUACAUGGGCUACUUCGAGAUGAACGACAUUCACGGCGAGGGGACCUAUAUUUGGGCCGACGGCCGGAAGUACACGGGCCAGUGGAGGAGCAACCGCAUGGAAGGCAAGGGCGCAUUCCUGUGGCCGGACGGGCGGAGCUACACGGGGGAGUACCUGCAUGAUCUCAAGCACGGGUUUGGCCACUUCAAGUGGCCGGACAACCGCGAGUAUGUGGGGGAGUGGCGGAAUGGAAAGCAGCAUGGGACUGGCAAAUACACCGAGGCCAACGGCGUGUCUGGAGAAUGCCAGUGGGUGAACGGUCAGCGUGUCCGAUGGCUCGAGAGCCAACCCGCGUGAGGACGGAUGGACUCGUUCGAUGUGUUGCAAUGAGUCUGGAAGAGGUUUCUGGCUGCAAACCCAUUGAAGCCCUGACCAGACCGUUGCGAUGUGACUAGUCUGGUCAAGCGGGGCUGGGUGAUUUGUGAGCUCAUUGCAUUGGGU